AUGAUAGUUUUUGACAAAACAGACCGUGAUUCCUUUCUUCACACUGAUAGGUGGAUGGAUGAAUUGAAUCGCCACGCAAAUAAAAGCGCCAUCAAGAUGCUGGUCGGAAAUAAAUCAGAUCGGCACGAUGAUCAAAUUACUAGAGAAGAAGCUGAAGAGAAAGCCAUGAGAUACGGCAUCCCAUACAUUGAAACAAGUGCAAGGAGCUCAUUAUUUGUCGAUGUAGCUUUCGAGACGAUCGCUAGAGAAUUAAUAAAGCAAAAAAAAGCGUUUGGAACCAAUCUCGUUUCUCAGCCAGUUCCAAAGGUUAGUUUGACAACAGAGAUAGAAAUGUAA